UUUGUCUCGCUAAUUCCUUUUUUGAUUAUUCACAGGGGCAACCCUUUGGUAGGUAUUAAAUAUGAGUCUAGGAGUUUCAAUUAUCAAUUGACUAGUUUCUAAUGCGUAGCUCAGCUCAGGUAUAUAUGUCUGUUGAUAUGCUUCUGAUGAGAUGUCUAUCUUCCUUAAUUGGAUGCUAAUUCCUUUUUAAAUUAUUCAUUCAUAGGGAGCAAGCACCUGAAUGGAUUUCCUGAGUCAUCCAUUGAAUAUCAAUGUGGUCAAGCUGUGUCCACUUUCUAAUGCCCAGCCCAGGCUGCAUCUCUUACCAUCUCAAACCUAUUUCUUCAACUCAGCAACAUUUACAGCUGAGGAAAACAAAAAAAUUGGGACUCACACUCACUUCAAUCCAAUGCAAUCUCUGUUGUAAUUUGUUGUUUUGUGCUAUGGAUGAACUUUGUUUAAUUAAUGAUUGUUUAAGUAAUAUUUGUUUUAUUUUAUGUUGUAAUAAGCAGUAAAACAGACUUGAGAAAUUUCUUGUUUUAUGUUUUGUGACUGUUAACUAUAUCAACUUCAACAUUGUAAUUUCUUUAAUCACAUUAUUGUUUAACUCUUGUGGCAAUUGAACCCACAUAUAUAUAUGUAGGCCACAGCAGACACUAGCUAUGUAUGUAUACAAUUAUAUACAAUUAUAUGAAUUUCUCUCAUAUUUAUUUGACCUAUCAAUUUAGUUAAACUCUUUUGUGGAUAACUUGACAGUCUAUGUAACUUACUUUUAGAUUUUUUGCAGCCAACACACCCAUAUUUGGAGAUCAACAAUUAUUUUCAAGUCCAAAAUAGUAAGCCGAAUUUAGAAUGAUUCAAUGUGCUUUCUUGCCUCUGGCUGCCUCUACACUAGUAAUUAGUUGAUUCUGUUUUUCUCAUCCAAAUAUCAAGUGGUUUUAAAGGAUUUGAUAUUGUCUUUUCACCAAAGUGCUCCUCAAUUCAUAUUAUGGUUCUUAUUUGUUUAUCUAAAUGUCAUUACUAUGUUUUCUCUGGAUCACACAACCUAUUGAACCAUGUUGCAAGGCUCUUACAUACUGCUUCUCUGAAGCUGAGCCUUAGUGCUCAACAUCUGACUUAAUGGAGUUUAUGUGAAUUGGAUAUAUAUGAGUUGGUAUAGUUGGCUUAUUGUUCAACUCUUGCAGCCGUUCAACCUAUACAUAGGCCAUAACAGACCCAAGGUAUGAAUUUCUUUCAUAUUUGAUAUAUUGAUUUUGUUAAAAACUUUCGUGGCUAACUUGAGCGUCUUAAGUUCCCUGGUAGAGCACACUUCUGCAGCCCUUCACUGUCUUUCCUCCUGCUUUCAGAUUGUGCUUUCUUCUGUAAUAGCUGCCUCUACCUUCCUAUUCUACACUGGUAAAUUUUC